GGUUCCAUUGUGUGAAAGGAAAUAGCUAAACGCAGUGUUCUGUCGCAAUGAAAUUUAAUGUAAAAUUCUGAAAUAUGCAUUUCAUGAAUGUAUCAGGUGUAAGCUUCUAUCAUUUGAUUUACCUGUUUGUUGCUAUCUGAAAUAUUUUGCACAAUUUAAUCAUCAAACUAUAUGGCAUGAAUGCUAUUAGAGAAUGUGUUAAAGAAUAUCGGAUUUUACCAAAGAAUUUGCUAUUCAACAGUGAAAUGAGAUGUUCACGAGCUACAGAAGUGCUGAGUAUUUUGCUUGAAAUAUGUCGAUAAGAUAUAAGUUCUUUGGCUCAGCAUCUCCUCUGACCCUGUACAGUUUGCUUCUCAUCGUAGGAAUGAUAAGACUUAGUCAGAGCUCACUAUGGGACUGGCAGAAAAAAGACAAGUUUGAUCACCUUGAUAGCUAUAUGAAAAGUAUCACUGAAAAGAACUGCCAUUCGAAACUGAAAUCUGAUCUUCUCCUAUCUCCAGACACUGUUUCACAGAUACCACGAUACAACCAACUCUUGAGCAAAGUUUUCUAUCGCAACAGAACUGGAUUAGUUCAUCUCCACAAUUUAGCAUUAAAUAGAGCCUACUUUCACAGUUUCAUGCUGCAAAGGUUUAAUCAAUCGAAGGAUUUUCUUAAUCUACCUGGAUGGUUGUAUCUUUAUAUGAGUGUCACAGCUAAUGUUAACUCUCACCCUAACCUUGUCAAUGGAAGUUCCAUAUUUUUUGAUAACAACUGUCAUUAUCCAAACUGGUUGAGGUUCUUAGCUUUUAAUAAAACUCUACCUUUGUUUGCACCAUCAGCCUGGAGAUACGAUGAUACAAGAGAUUCAGAAAAUUUUUUGCGUGAACCAACAAUGAGAUCCACAAAAGUUGUUGACAUGGGAACAGGUCUCUUCAAUUAUACAAGUAGAAGGAGUAAAACAAAUAUUUGGUACUCUUUAUGGAAUAUGCCAGAUGUGCGUAAUGAAAAAGAUUCUUUGAUAAAAUAUAAAUAUACUGUGGGUAUAAAAUAUUCAAGCAGACCAGGACAGUUCGACAGUGAAGAUUUUAAUAUUUCAGGUUUCUUUGGACCAAGUGUUCCUGGUCAGCAUUUCAUGGAUGAAAUACUUCCUGUGAGGUUUACUCAACCAUAUUUUGACUGUGGAAAGUCAAAUGAAUGGAUAGUCUCUGCUGUCUCACCUGUGAUUGAUUUCAUGCCAAGAUAUUUACGUUAUACACAUAUGAGGAGACCAAGAAUAGUGGCAUUGGUUACCAUGGAUACAUACUUUCGAAAAAUUGAUUUUAAUGCCUGUCCUAUAAGCAUUGGAAAUCCUUUACCAAAUUAUCUUGCUGGAAUUGACAGAUGUAAACCAACAACAAAGUGCAAGCAUGUAUCUGGUUAUGGCUUUAAACGAGGAGGUUACAAAUGUGUCUGCAAACAAGGCUAUAAAUACCCAUCCCAAAUUAAACCACCAUUCCAAGGAUCACUAAUAGAACAAGCUACUCAAGAGGAAUACGAGUAUGGUUUCACAUGCACUCCCAUUCAACAUCGCAAAGUACAUCUGGGAAAACAUUACAAUACAACAAUGUACAGGCAACAGCAGAGUACAUUAAAUACGAAAAGAAAUAUCAGACGUAGCACUUCACGCCAUCGUCGAAAUGCUUAUGAUAAAAGUAAUGCUGCUAAGAUAAAAACUCUUAUGAAAAAAAUGGGUGUUAUAAAUAACAUAAACUGUCAUAAACAACCUCCAUCAAGCUUGUCAUUGUCUGGGUCAGUAAUAUAUGGAGCUGAAAAACAGUUUGAAUCUCAGGCCAGAACAGCUCUACGUCUGGCGCAUUUUCUGAGCAGUUUUUUACAAAACAAUGAGUAUAAUGUACAUUUUGGAAUACUGGAUGGAGGACAACAACUUCAAGAAGAUCACAUAUUUGCUGAGGUUUUAGCUAACGUGAUGUCAGACCACAAAAUACUUUCUUCUGCUGUACUUUUUGACAGCUACCAGUUUAUUGGAGCUGAUGGAACAGAAAAGGCCCUCUUUGGACCUUGGGCUUAUAGAAACGAUCAAGGUUUUUGGGCAAUAGAUGCUGCAGGAUUGAAAGAGAGUUAUUUGAAUACACCAGGGUUCAAAACAGCAAAAGAACGUUUUAGAUCAAAUAUAAGUGAAUUGAAAGAAUUCCAUAUUAAAGCAUUUGUGCGAUCUAAUAUCAAUGGAACAUAUCAAAGCCACUUCAAAUACAGUGAUUUGGUUUACAAAGCACCUACUUUUAAGUCUGGUCGAUGGAGUGGACCAACUUAUCGUUGUGAUGGAAGAAUUGACAAAUGGGUCAUCACUUAUAGUGUUCCAUUUUUUAGUCGGAAUAUAUAUCUCUCCUCUGUAAAGUUUACAGGUAUUGUUUUGAUUGACAUAGACCUGAAGUUCUUAGAUAUUAAUCAGUGCCACCAACCAUUCUACAUUGCUAAUGCUUUUAAAAACACUGCUUUAUGUCCACCAUCUACAAAGUGUUCCCCACUGACAGGUUUUGGUUUUGGUCUGGGUAAUUAUGCCUGUAAGUGUAAACAAGGUUAUGAAUAUCCUUUUGAAGAUGCACAAACUUGGUUUGAAGGGGUCAGUCUGGAGCUGGAAUGGUCAAAGAAAAUGCAAGGUGAACCCAACAGGUUACAUCUUUUACAUUGCCGGGUGGCAACUGGACCAAAUGUGAAAAUGUCUCUUCUACUUCUUAUCUUAAUGAUAACAACUAAUUGGAUAGCUUUUGUAUUUUAAUAACAGUCAGUGUAAAGGCUGACUUUAAAAGUUGCUCUUUCAGCCAUUUUGUAUUUUGUCUAAUUUGUUUUUUAUAGCCUGACGGUAUGUACAAACAAUAAACUGUUGAAAUAAUCCAUUCAGU